AUGGGAGUACCAAAGUUUUAUAGGUGGAUAUCGGAGAGGUAUCCAUGUUUGAGCGAAGUCAUCAGUGACACGGAGAUCCCCGAAUUCGAUAACUUAUACUUGGACAUGAACGGAAUUAUACACAACUGCUCUCACCCUAAUGACGAUGACGUCAACUUCAGGAUCUCUCAAGAGCAGAUUUUCUCUGAUAUUUUUGCCUAUAUUGAUCAUGGUCAAAUUAUCGAAGAGUCAUCUCUGUCAAGCGCUGAGUCUAGUGAUGAGUGCGAAGAGACAACAGAGGAUUCACUUGAAGACGAAGCAGCUUUCGUUAGUAGUGACGAAGAGGCGGAUAUUGGCGAAAUUGCUAAUCGAAUACCAGACGGUGGUCUUCCGUCUGCUUCGUACCUUUUGACUCAUCUCAACAGUGAUGAUGAUCAAGAUGAAAGCGAGCUUUGCGAAGCACUCAUGGCAGCUGAGCUGAGAGAAAUGGAUGACAACUCUUUGAAAAUGACGUAUGAAAACAUCACAAAAACUGAACUACGUCAACAGGCAGAAGGAUAUGUGAGAGCCAUUCAAUGGAAUCUUCAUUACUACUACCGUGGCUGCGUGUCAUGGAACUGGCCCGUUCAACUUCCGGUGGAUGCAUUCUAUUUAAAUCCUGACAAGGUCAAUGUCAAGGUUUUCCAACAAGAGUCUAAGCGCCCGUCUAUGGUUCUAUUUCCAGAAGAGGGAUGA